UAUGGUUUUAUUGAUAUUGUGCAAAGAGUUUCUAAGAGUAGAUUGUAGCGAGAAUUUGACGUUUAUGAACAAUCAACAAUAUCACUGAAUUCACUGCAAUUCGGUACAUUAAAAUUGUGAAUUAUUCAUUGAAUAUCUAUCAAUAGUGUUGAGCUAUUUAUAAAAUUAAACAUAAAAGAAUAAUUAUCGGUGUGAGUGUUAUGUGGUUAAUAAAUGUUAUUGAAAUAUAAUGUCGACUUUGAUUCAGUCAUAUGAACAGCAGUACUCAGUGCUAACAGCUGAUAUAACAGCAAAAAUCGGAAGAUUAAAAACAGCUGACGAAAACGAUCGGGAAGAUUUAUCUAUAGAAAUUCAAUCAAAUUUUGAAGAAGCAAAUGAUUUGUUAGAGCAGUUGGAAUUGGAGUACAGAGGUGCGGGAGCUGGGUCUAGGGUGGCAGCGUACAGAGCUGAGUUGCAGAGGGUCAGAGAGGAGUACCGCUCUGUUGUGAGCAAUUCUGCUUCUUAUAAUAUAGAUGAGGAGUAUGACGAUUGGUCGGUGGUGAACGACCAGCGUCGUAAGCUGCUUGACAAUACUGAACGUCUGGAACGUACCGGCAAGAAUCUCAACGAAGGUUACAAGGUGUUGCUGGAGACUGAACAGAUUGGAGCUGCGGUGUUGCAGGACUUGAACGCUCAGAGGGAGACCAUUCAGAACGCUCGUGGACGGCUGCGUGAAACGGACGAGAAUCUAAACCGAUCGUCUCGGCUCAUGAACAGCAUGCUAAUGCGAGCCUUACGCGAACGCGCUGUUCUUGUCGUCGUACUACUGACCAUGUUGGUCCUGAGCUCCAUCGCCAUAUACGCCUUGGCACCCUAG